GUCAAUCUGCCAAAUCGGCAGCACGAGCACAAUGGAGACGGAACAACGCCGGCAUUUAUUUUCUUACUCCGAUCACAAGUUGACAACUGAAGUUUUACCUGCAGAUGUGAGGAAGGUAAUCGUUGGUGAAGACCAGCAGCAGGAGUGGAGCCCCGGGGUGGAGCAGGAGGAGCCCCAGCCCCCCCACAUGAACCAGGAAGAGGCUGACGUCAGAGAUCUCCGCGUGAAGAGUGAAGAAGAUGACGAGGAGCAAGGUGUGUGGUCACAGCUUCAUCCCGGUGAAGAGAAAAGCGAGGAGGAGCAGGAGGGGACGCUAAGACGCCGCGGCGCUCGAGCGUUAGAGGAUGCUCCUGUGGGAGGAAAACCUUUUUCCUGCUCACUUUGUGGCAAAAGCUUCUCUCGCAAAGGACACCUGAUAACUCACACAAGAACGCACUCUGGAGAGAAAACCUUUACUUGCGCCGUCUGCGGCAGAAACUUCUCCGAUAAAAGCAACAUGAUGACGCAUACGAGGACGCACUCUGAGGAAAAACCUUUCACUUGCUCUGUUUGCGGCAAAGGAUUCUCGGUCAAAAGAUAUUUGGUGUCCCACAUGAGGACGCACACGGGAGAGAAACCUUAUUCCUGCUCGGUGUGCAACGCAGAUUUUAGCUACCGCAUGUCGUUGGUGCUGCACAUGAGAACGCACACCGGAGAGAAACCUUUCUCUUGCUCGGUUUGUGCAAAACGUUUCUGCCAGAAGGGACAGCUAAGAGCGCACAUGAGGACGCACACGGGAGAGAAACCCUUUUCUUGCUCGCUCUGCGGUGAGCUGUUCUCUCAGAAAGGACACAUGAUGUCCCACGCCAGGACACACUCGGGAGAAAAACCCUUUUCUUGCUCCUUUUGUGGGAAGGCUUUCUCUGAUAAGAGAAACAUGACGAUACACAUGAGAAGACACGCCGAUGAGAAGUGUGUGAUGGAGGUCGAUAACAUUUGACUUUUAUUGACAGCAACAUGAUGCUGACAGCAGAGAUCAUCGGGAAACAACUUCACCAACGUCAACGUCACACAUCUUCAUCUAUCCAGUAGAUUUCCCCCGAAGCACUUCAUGUCGUUUGAUCCUUAAUAAAGUCCUUAAAAUCUGACAAAUGAACACAUCCACAUUUUUUGUAUUCUUUUGUUAGCUUAUUUAUAUUUUUACAUUGGAAAAUGCUACUAAGUUGUAUCCAACCUCACACAUCAAUCCUAAACCUGCCCCUAUUCACAGCAACUGCGAUUUAUUUCUGUAAAAAGAACACUGCCUGUACGCCGGGCCCCUUUUAUUUUGAAAAGUGGGCGGCGCUGCUAGGCUUCAUCCCGAAGGAUUUGCUUCAGGAACUAACGUGACGAUAUCCUAGUCUUGUUUCAAA